AUGUUUCCAGCCUACAACUUGAAUUUAACGUCAUGGAAUAAUCCGAAGAACCACCUCGUUUUCACCGUAAUCCACACUCUUCUCCUGCCGUUAACAAUUAAAAAUACGAUUUGCAAUGGAGCUAAAACUUGUUUCUUCUCCUCUCUUGCACUCGUGUAUUCCGCCAUGGAGGAAAAGGCCUUCGUCCACUCCAUCCCCGGCGCCGGCCGAUUGCUCCCUUCUGCCAGCCGCUGGAGCUCCAUCGAAGUCGACUUUGGAUUGUUCCCGGCCUCGUCGAACCCGAACGAAGGCACCCCGCUCGUGGCCUACUCCAAAUCCUACACUUUUAAGCUCGCCAUCAACGACAAAUCCCACCUAAAGCGCUUCCUCUACAUCUUCAUCUCCAUGAUUCUCAUCGCGACUGCAGUCGCUCUCCUGGUGACUUUCCUCCCUCGCAAACGUGCCGCCGGUGGCUCCUUAACCGGCCUUCCGCUCGCACUCGACAAUGCUCUUCUCUUCUUCGACGCACAAAAAUCUGGGAUUCUUCCGGCUAACAAUCCGGUGAACUUUCGCGGGAAUUCGGGUCUGCGAGACGGAGAUGAUCAAAGCAAUACUAAUUUAGUCGGAGGAUUCUACGAUUCAGGCAGCAACAUCAAGUUCAGCUUCACCACGGCUUACACCGUCACUCUUCUAAGUUGGUCAGUGAUCGAGUACGGUCCCAAGUAUGCUGCCAUUCGUGAACUCGAACACGUCAAGGACAUCAUCAAGUGGGGAAGCGACUACUUGCUUAAGCUCCUCCAGUCGAACUCGAGCUCCGAUUCAGGCUACUUGUUCUCUCAGGUUGGGAGUGGAAACCUUGAUGCCCAAUUCGACAAUGAUGCCACAUGCUGGCAGAGGCCGGAAGACAUGAGUUAUCGGAGACCGGUGUUCAAGUGUUCGAUGUCUGCCUCAGAUCUUGCAGGGGAGAUGAUUGCAGCAAUGGCAGCAGCAUCCAUAGUUUUCGAUCAAGAUGAUGCCUCCUACUCGGCGACCUUAGUUCAUGCUUCCGAAAUGGUAUACGACUUAGCCACCAAGAAUCACAUCCAGGGGAGUUAUGCCAGGGACAAAGAUUGUGGAUUCGAAGCUGCGAUGUUGUACAAUUCCUCCAGCUACAAGGAUGAACUGGUCUGGGGAGCAACAUGGCUGUUCUUUGCCACAGGGAACUCCAGCUACCUUGACUAUGUCACCGGAAACUUCGAAGCGGCAGUGGAAGAAGUAGUGCCCUCCGAUGAGGGGGUUUUCUACUGGAACAAUAAAGUUGCAGCUAAUGCAGUUUUGCUAACAAGGCUGAGAUAUCUACAUGAUCCCGGGUAUCCUUAUCAGCCGACACUAAAGAACAGCACUGAUAUGACAAACUUGAUGAUGUGCUUCUACCUCUCGAUGCCAAAGAAGUUCAGUGUGACUGCAAAUGGCUUGAUCUUCUUCCAGCCUAAUCAAAGUGCACCACUCCAGUUUGCCGCAACUGCUGCCUUCUUGAGCAAAAUCUACAGCGACUAUCUCGAUGUCCUUCAAAUCAGGAGCGGCAACUGCGAUGCCGAGUCGUUCUCGCUGGAAAUGUUGCAGAAUUUUGCUAGAACUCAGGUCGAUUAUAUACUCGGGGAUAAUCCAAUGAAGAUGAGCUAUUUGGUUGGGUUUGGGGACACUUAUCCUGAGCACGUCCACCACAGAGCUGCAUCGAUCCCUUGGGAUGACCACAAGUACAGUUGUUCAGAGGGCAGAACUAGAUGGAGAGACAGGAAGGAAGCCAAUCCAAAUAUCCUGGUAGGGGCCAUGGUGGCUGGUCCAGAUCAUGAUGAAGGAUUUCUGGACAUAAGGAAUAGGUAUGAAUAUACUGAGCCAUCCAUCUCAGGCAAUGCUGGACUGGUUGCAGCGCUCAUCGCACUUAUAGACAACCAUGAGCCUUCCAUUGGCAUGGACAGGGACAAAAUCUUUGCUCGCAUUUCCAAGUUUUGAUUUCUUGUUUCCAUUGUAAUGGUUUAGAGUAUGGGAUCGAUAAGGAGAGGAUUUGCACCUAGUCUUUGGCAACUAAGCUACUCUAUUUGGUAUUUCUUCCUGGAGAAUUAGAAGAACUAAUUUAUAUGAAAUAACUAGAAUUCCAGAUUAAAGAGAAAGAGAAUCUAGCUAAUAAGCUAAUGAGA